GUGGUUUUAGAUUGUGCUGAUUUUGGCUUAAAUAAUAUUUGUGUGUUUGCUGUAUUCCUGCGCAUUACAAAGGAAAUAUUUGCAUGUCAUGAUGGUUAACGCGACAUUUGGAAUACACACCCUUGUCGUUGCUUUACUCUUCUUUUGUUUGUAUUUUGUCAGCGGGGAUAUAAGCUACUCUUUUACAGAGGAAAUGCGACACGGGACUGUGAUCGGAAAUAUCGCCAAAGACCUCGGCAUCGACGUAAAUACACUAUCUCUUCGAAAGGCUCGUAUUGAUACAGAAGGAAGCGACAAACGAUUCUGUGAAAUAAACCUCCGUAACGGAGAUCUGAUUGUUGCCGAAAGGAUUGACAGAGAGGGCCUGUGUGGAGACAAAGCAUCCUGCGUUUUAAAACAAGAACUCAUGUUGGAGAAUCCAUUAGAACUGCAGCGAAUCAGCCUACAUGUCCAGGAUAUAAAUGACAACUCCCCACAGUUUAAUAAGAAUUUGAUCCAUAUAGAUAUUAGAGAAUCUGCGUCAAAAGGUGCUCGUUUUCCAAUAGAAGAAGCGCACGAUGCCGACAUAGGUAAAAAUUCAGUUCAAUCAUACAACCUACAGACGAAUGAAUAUUUUUUCCUUGGAGUUGGAACCAAUUCUGUGGAACUUGUCCUUAACAAAGAGCUCGAUCGUGAAACAUUACAAGAAAUCAGUCUACUUCUGACCGCUUUAGAUGGUGGUUCCCCUCAAAGAUCAGGUACCGUGGUCAUUCACAUUACUGUUUUGGACGCUAAUGAUAACGUGCCAGUGUUUAGCCAAGCCGUUUAUAAAGCCAGUCUGUCAGAAAACUCUCCCAUGGGUACUGUUGUGCUGACAGUAAAAGCAAUUGAUGCAGAUGAGGGACUAAAUGGAGAAGUUACAUAUGAUUUUGGACACGUUCCAGAAGACGUUAAGUCAAUAUUUGCCAUAGAUUAUAAAACAGGGGAUAUAAAAUUGUCCGCCACAGUUGAUUAUGAAACAGUGAGAUUGUUUGAGCUUCGCAUAACUGCGAAAGAUGGUUUAGGAUUAACUUCCUAUGCUAAAGUCAUAAUAGAUGUUACUGAUGUGAAUGACAACCCACCUGUAAUAUAUCUAAAGUCACUGUCGAACCCCAUACCUGAACACUUGUCACCUGGUACAGAGGUGGGCAUAAUUAACGUGCAGGACAGAGAUUCUGAGAAUAACCGACAGGUCCGCUGCUCCAUCCAGCAGGGUGUCCCCUUUAAGUUGGUUCCUUCUAUUAAAAACUAUUUUGCCAUCCCCAGUGGUUAUCUCCCUCCUAAUUACGCAGAUGUUGAUGGCACAGGAACUUUACGCAGCACUUACAAUUAUGAUGCGUACCUGACCACAGGUUCAAGAACCAGUGACUUUAAGUUUGUGACAUCAUACAAUGACAACACGCUGCCUGCUGACCAGACUCUGAAGAAAAGUCCAUCAGAUUUUGCUGAUGCUUUUGGAGAUUCUUUGGAGACUCUGGAGGUAGGAGGACAUGUUUUUGAACUAGGCUCAUGUGUUCAUGUCUUCCAGCCUUACUAA